GGUUCUUCCAACCUUCAACCCACGUGUAGUCUGAGACUAACUUGGCUUGUGGCGAUUGUACCCGUUCUCCAAUCUCUGGACUCAAGCUAGAGGUGAAGAGAUAGCAGAAGCAAUGUCUUCCGAUCAUGUCAUUUACCGCCCCGACACCGAUGGUAUACCUAACUCACCCGAACAAUCCAGCGACGUUCCUAAACUCGCCCGAACGCAGCGAGGACGAUGAGCUCGGGUGGCUACCCCGGGGAAAUCCCACCGCUGUUACCAAGGCUUUACCCUUUCCCAAAUCUAAGACCAAAUCUAAGACCAAAUCUAAGACCAAGACUAAGGCCGAACCCGCUGGGUCUGAAUCUGAUAUCAACGGCGGAGAUGAAUCAACACGCGACGGCUCCGGCAAGAACGAUGCUGAAGGAGAUGGGCAGCUCAAAGGCGAGCCUGCAGCUUCAGCUUGA